AUGCGUAGCCCCAUCCUCGCCUUCUCCCUCCUCGCCGCCGCCGGCACCGCCGUCGUCAACGCUGCCCCCCAGGCGCCCCGCCUCGGCGGCAAGAUCGCGACCCCCCGCAACACCGAAGUCCAGCAGUUCGCCAAGUUCCCCCGCGGCGAAUCUGACCUCCUCAGUAGCGCCACCGACCUUGGCGAUAACCACAAGGCCGGCCUCCUCGGUCGUGAUCUUACCGACCUUCCCACCGGGGGCCUUCCCGUUCCCAUUCGUCGGGGCCUCCCGGCCCUUCCGACCGACAGCCUUCCCAUCGCCCAGCUCAUCACCGGCGGUGGAAAAUCAUCCGGCGGCGGCGGUUCUAACGCCAGGCAGGAUGACCUCAAGGUUCCCGACCCCGAUGCCGCCGCCAAGGGCCAGGCCGAGGCCGAGCAGGUAGUUGCAUCGGCCAAGCCCCCCAGCAUGCCAUCGUUCAACGACGUGUCGCAGCAGAAGACGUCCUCUGCCUCCAAGAGCACGGCAGGCAACCAGAACCCUGUUCGCCCCCUCGCGUACAACCAGCGCCGUCCUGAGGCCUGA